ACUGAUGAGUUAUUGUCAUGUAAAAAAGCGCUAGCAAUAAGACCCAAACGCUGUGCUAUUGUCCAAGCGGAAAGAGCCAAGUUUAUUAUGAGGACUAUAUGCUCUAGAGACCUGGGGCUAGGCGGCUCCUUGGGAGGCUUUUCAUAAAACAAGGCUCAGCUCCUAUAAAGGAGGGCAGUUUUGGAGCAGGCGCCGAGCAGUGCACAUCUACCACGGCACGAGUCUCCUUCAAACUAGUAAAAAAAGAUCAAGCUCCCCAGCUCUGCUCGCUUUUUUGAUUAAUUUCGAACUUUUUUUCCAUGCGUUCGCCGAUUUAAUUCAAUUUGACGUUUGUGUGUGUGCAUAUAUAUUUUUUUCUCUUUCUUUUGGGAGUGCAGCUUUCCUUCUACACAGAGCCUUUUCAAAUGUAUAAAAUGGAGUAUUCAUACCUCAAUUCCUCUGCCUACGAGUCCUGUAUGGCCGGGAUGGACACGUCGAGCCUGGCGUCAGCCUACGCGGACUUCAGCUCGUGCAGCCAAGCCAGUGGCUUCCAGUACAACCCGAUCAGGACCACGUUUGGUGCCACCUCAGGAUGUCCGUCUCUGACCCCCGGCUCAUGCAGCCUGGGCACGCUGCGGGAUCAUCAGAGUAGCCCGUACGCCGCAGUUCCCUACAAGCUGUUUACUGAUCACGGUGGCCUAAACGAGAAGAGAAAGCAGAGGCGCAUCCGCACCACGUUCACCAGCGCGCAGCUGAAGGAGCUGGAGCGCGUUUUUGCAGAGACCCACUACCCCGACAUUUACACACGCGAAGAGCUUGCACUGAAAAUCGAUUUAACCGAGGCCAGAGUACAGGUGUGGUUCCAAAACAGACGCGCUAAGUUCCGUAAACAGGAGCGAGCGGCCGCCGCCGCUGCCGCUGCCGCCAAGAACGGCUCAGGCAAGAAAUCAGACGCUCGCGAGGAGGACAGCAAAGAGGCAAAAGCCACCGACCCAGACAGCACAGGAGGCCCCGGACCCAAUCCGAACCCUGCGUCCACCUGUGGUGGUCCAAGUCCUACCGGUGGGUCCCAAGUCAGCGCGAGCGGAAACGGUCCAGUCGAGCAGGCCAAGACGACUGUGGGUGGCAUGGGUGGCACAGCGCCCAGUCAGGGCUGGCCAUCCGCCCCGGGCACCAUAACCUCCAUUCCAGACUCUCUCGGGGGACCGUUCGCCAGUGUGCUGUCAUCCUUACAAAGACAGAACGGAGCCAAAGCCACUUUAGUAAAGACCAGCAUGUUCUGAACGAAAGGGUCGUCCGAGUAAAGGAAGAGAGAAAAAGACAGAGAAAUGGAGGAAAGAAAUAAAGCGAACUGAUCAUUGACUCAUCAAAGGAGGAAUGCCAAAAUAACGAGGGAGACCAGUUUUCUCUGCUCACUGUUGAAAAAAAUAAUAAACACAUAAAACCAGGAGACCCACUGUCGGUCUCCAUCACCUGACUUUUUCGAUAGCCAUUCGUUUACACAGCUGGCUGGAUGAUUAUAUUCUACAGACCUUACGUUAGCCCAAGCUAUAAUCAUCGUUUUGGUUUUGACAUCUUGCGUCUUUUUUGUUCUAGUUGAAUAGCUGUGAUCGUCGAUACCAUAUAUAGAUAUAAAUAACUGAUAGACUGCCUAAGAAGUAUUUCAUCACGGACUCGGUGCGACAUGACGUCAUGGCUGUUUGUUUACACCGACUUUUAAGCAUUCAUGUACCGUAAAUUAUAUGUCUGUACACACAAAUUACUGCCUCUGUUAUAUAUUUCUACAUAUGAAGUUACAAAAGCAUUAGAGCCAGGGGUUCUAAAAACACUCAUUUAAAAAUAUCUAUGAAUCUACGGCAAAUUAUACCUUAAAAUGGCACAAACGUACAUAUUUCACUGUUGACAGGAAUACUUAAACGUUUUGUGUGUCUUUCUACGGCUGUGUUUUUGUGGCUCAGAUUGUAUAGUGUUAAUACGUAUAAUAUCGUCCUAGAUAAGCAUAGACACCAUAUCGCCCCUCGUAGUUCAGUCUUUUUAAUGUUUUACAAAGUUACCACUGGCAAAUUCAUUUCAGAAAAUGGGAAUGGAUGCAACGCAUUGUAUUUAUUUCUUUUCUUUUUUUGCAUGUUGUCUAUUUUGUUCAAUUUUAUAAUAAUUUGACCUAUUUUGUGAACAUUAUGUAACACGUUUUGUCUGGGAUUUGAGAAUUAUUUAUAUGUAGGUAAUGGAUGCUUAUAUUUAAGAAGGAAAUAUUUCUACAUGUGCACAUAGUUUUUCAGGUGUACCAUUGACAUGGUUGUUGAUGAUAAAAACAAUAAUAAUUAUGAAACCAUACUGGUCCUGGUUCCUCUUCGGCCUGGAUGUAAAUUAUAGCCAUCAUAUUCCUUCAUAAUACGAAAUACUCAAGAUUUGAUUGAUUUAAAAUGCUUUACGCAUCUAUGAUUAUUUGGUUGGAGAAUACUUAUCGCUAAUCUUCUCAUGCAUUCACAUUGCAAUUAGUCUUUGCAUUUCGUCCUACUGCAAUUUUGUCUUUGAAAUAUUAUAAACAUUCAAAGGAUUCAUAAAUAAUACAUGAUUUUAUGCUACACAGCAGAUUAUAGAACGUCAAUAUCAAUGACGUGGUCAGUUUCAGAACCUUGGACAGCAGCCGGACGGCAUUUAUGUGAACCAUUAACGCUAAAUUUGAAUGUUACAUAAUGCAAGCUUAGUAGUAGUACUACUACAAAUAAUAAUAAUAAU